UUGUAGAGACCAAAAUCCUCACAUUAGCACAGCAGCAUGUCCCAAUUAUUUGAAUGGGCAUUUGGCAAAAAGCUCACGCCUCAGGAGAGGCUCCGAAAAAACCAGCGGGCUUUGGAGAAAACCCAGCGAGAAUUAGCAAGGGAAACUACUAAAUUACAACAGCAAGAAAAGAAGCUCAUGCUGGAGAUCAAAAAGUCGGCGAAACAGGGGCAAAUUGCCAGCGCCAAGGUACAGGCCAAGGAUCUCAUUCGGACGAAAAACUAUAUCGUCAAAUUCAACCUGAUGAAGGCGCAAUUACAAGCGAUUCUGUUGCGUAUCCAGUCGGUGAGAAGCAACACGCAAAUGGCCACCUCAAUGCGGGAUGCCACUCGUUUAUUGCUGGGAAUGAACCGUCUGAUGAAUCUUCCACAGCUAUCGCGGAUUGCACAAGAAUUGGCCAAAGAGAACGAUAUGAUGGACCAAAAACAGGAAUUCAUGGAUGAUGCCAUCGACGACGCCAUGGAAAUGGACGAGGAUGGGUUGGGCGAAGACGAGCAGGCUGACGAGAUUUUGACAAAAGUCUUGGACGAAAUUGGUGUCGAUUUGAACACCAGCUUGAAAGACACGCCGAAUCAAAUCAAUGUUGAAAGCACUUCCCCAGCACGAGUGGCGCAGGCUGUCGGAGGAAACGACGAGGACGACUUGCAGGCAAGAUUAGAUAGUUUGAAGAAAUAAAGCAUUUGUCAGAGACUCACGUUGCCAGCAUAUUUUGUGUUUCUUGAGCGUUUAUUCUGAUU